UGGCUCAUCGGAUCUUGUCACAUGAUUUGAAAUCUUGUAAGACGAGAUAACGGUGGCGAGUGGCGACUCUUCCUUUGGCGGAUGGACCUGUUUUGUUUAAAUGAUAAUUUUCUUCAACGUUUCAGGAGGGUUUGCCAGGCAAUACUGUUGAAUAAAUAGGACCGGCGGAGUGGUUGGUCUCACAUACGGUUAGUACGAGCGCGAGAUCAGGUCGUUGAUGUAGCCUAUUGCGCUAGACUACACAUACAUUGCUUGCAGUAGACUAGUCUAAAGGCUACACAGUCUCAGUCAGGAACAGCAAGUCAAAUUGCUAACACCCUUCCUGUUUUCCUCUUGCCGAGAACAUCAAGAUCUAGAGUCUUGAUAUAGAUCUAGGUUGAAGAUACUUCUAAUAAUUUAGAUCUAGAUCUAUAGAUCUAUCAAAUCCCAUCUCUGCUUGAGGAUUGUUGUCAUUAUGUUUGGUCACCAUAUCAUGUUGCCGACACUGAGCAGAGCAACAUUUUGUGUGCUUUUGUUUGCCGGCCUGUUCAACAAUGCUGUGGCGGACACACCUGCGAAUUGUACCUACGAAGACAUAAGAGGAACAUGGAUCUUCAGCAUCGGCUCAGGGAACAAUGAUCGAACAGUCAACUGUUCAAAGUCUUUUACACCUGUUCGGCAAUCCAAGUUUCAGCUCACAUAUCCAGAUGUGGCUGUGGAUGAAUUUGGCAAUCAAGGAUUCUGGACAAUCAUUUAUAAUCAGGGCUUCGAAGUGGUUGUAGCAGGUCGGAAAUACUUCGCCUUUUCCAAGUAUGUCGGGAAAACAAGCUACUGCCAUGAGACAAUGCCUGGUUGGUCCCAUGAUGUCUUGGGUCGGGACUGGUCUUGUUACAGCGGGAAAAAACUGGGGGAAGCCAUCAUCAAAGAGCAGACUCCUGCCCAACGUGACAACUCCCUGAGGUUUUCUCACAGGGUCAACUCUAACGAAAUGGUAGAGGCCAUUAACAAGAUACAGAACUCCUGGGAGGCCACCCACUACCCACAGUUUGACUCCUUCUCUGAGGAAGAUUUCAUCAACCUCGCUGGCGGGCACAGUUCCGGUGUCCACAGUCGUCCUAAGCCUGCCCCACUGACAGAGGAACAUAAGGCCAUCAUGCAGAGUCUCCCGAAGGACUUUGACUGGAGGAAUGUGGAUGGUAUCAAUUAUGUGUCUCCUGUCAGAAAUCAGGGGGGCUGUGGUAGCUGCUAUGCCUUUGGUUCCAUGGGUAUGGCUGAGGCAAGAGUUCGAAUCCAAACCAACAACACACAAACGCCUGUGUUCUCCCCUCAGGAUAUCGUUGAAUGCAGUGAAUACUCCCAAGGCUGCGCGGGUGGUUUCCCUUACCUGAUUGGUGGCAAGUAUGCUGAGGACUUUGGUCUGGUCCUAGAGAAGUGCAACCCCUACACGGGAAAGAAUGGAAAGUGCCAGACCGACCCUAAGUGUCCUCGUCAUUACUUCACUGGCUACAGAUAUAUUGGAGGAUACUAUGGCGGCUGCAACGAGCCUUCAAUGAUGGAGGCUGUGUACAAAAGAGGACCAGUGGCCAUCGGCUUCGAAGUCUACGGUGAUUUCUUUUCAUACAAGUCAGGUGUCUACCACCACACCUUCUCUGAUCUCGACCGAUUCUCCCCCUUUGAGCUGACAAAUCAUGCUGUUCUGGUUGUGGGCUGGGGUACCGUCAAGGAGACUGGAGAGAAAUACUGGAUUGUUCAGAACAGCUGGGGGACCACCUGGGGUCUGGACGGGUAUUUCUGGAUCCGGCGUGGAAAUGAUGAGUGCGGGAUGGAGAGCGUAGCAAUGGAGGCUGAACCCUUGUUCACCACAUCAUCAUAGAGAAUUUUCUCCAGUGUUUUGAGUGGACUGAGGCAAGGAUGGUUUGUUUUACAUGAAGGGAAUAAAAGGAAAAGGAAAGAGACAAGAAGGGAAAUGUACUGUACUGACUGAUUGGACUAACUGUGACUAUAUUGCCAUAUAUACAUUAAAAUAAGUCAAUUAAUAUUUUGGUAUUUUAUGUGCUCCGAAGAAAAUGUUCACCAGGAAAUACAUUAUAUUCUUUAACUUUUAGUGAUAUAACAGUCAGCUUUAAAAUCACUUAGUAUGAGUAGCUCCUCUUGACUGUACAUUCUCAAAUAUGAAUUGCGGCUUCUGCCCUACUUUUUCUUUUUUUUCAUGUGGGUUGAAUUGAUAUGUUGCCUCGGUUAUAUGCAGGAACUUCUGAGGAAAAGAUUUAAUUGUGUUUUACUUUUUCUUUUGAUUUGUAAUUUUUGUUUUAAACCAACUUUUUUUGUUGCUAUUACUAGAAAAAUGACUACUUUACAGAGUGAGAAAAACAUCUCAUUUUUUUUUUUGUGACAGCAACAAUAUGUAUUUUGUGUUAAGCAAAGACAUUUUAGAUUAGUGUGCGCCCUUUUAAAAUGUUUUGUUACACCUAGUCAGAUUUUGUCCUUUACAGUAAUUUAAUCAAUACGAGUAUUGGUAUUCAAGAUUUGUUUUGGUGAAAGUAUUUUAUGAUACACACUAUUUGAUGUGAUUAUACACAGUUCAAUUUUUUUUUCUUCAAGGCACCUGCUGUUUUGAUAUGUGCAUAAUUGUGAUCUUGACUGUCAUUCAAAAGGUAGCAACAGUUCCAAAGAGGUAAAAGCUUAUUCUGUUAUUUUGUCUCCUGGAUGUUUGGUCUGAGCUUUGUGGCAUGACAGAGAGAAGGGAGAGUGAGUCCUUGAGCAAAUGAAGGGGUGAACUGUUUUGUGUCUCAACUGGCAGUAAGGACAUAAUGAAAGAAACAAGGCUUAUCUAAACAUGUGUGAUCCCUGUGAGUUGUAAUCAAAGAGACUGGAGAGAAAAACUUGGCAAAACUGUCCAUUUUGUGUGCAGCUUUUGGGUGAUUGGCGGUCACUCUUGGAUGAUCUGUUCCUUCUUAUUUAUCAAAUUUUUAUCUCUUUAUCUCUCUUCCUUCAUUUCUUUGUAUGUUGCUCUCUAGUAACACCUCUAAUCUUAGGCAUUAAUAUGACCUAUUUGUGUUUUGUUGCAAGUGUCAUGAAACUCUUACAAAAACUAGAAGCAUUCAACAUGCGGCACCCUGCUGUGGGCCUACAGCACUCUCUCAAUAUUAUGUUUUUUUCUUUUUUGUCUCUUAAUUUGGUCUUGAAGAGUUUGUAUUUUAUGAAAGUUGCAUGCAAUUGUUAAGAUUCAAUUAUUUAUGCUUCAAACAAUAUUUUUUUAAACAAUGGGAAGGUGUGGUGAUUGAGAAUUAUGAAUGCGUUAUGGAUGCAGCAACAUUUUGAAAAUAAAUUUUUAAUCUGUCA